AUGCUUCUUUUCUUUUCUUUUCCUUCAUUUCCCUUUUUUUCUUUUUUUCUUUGCUUUUUCUUCAUUUUCCUUUCUUUCUUUUUUCAUUUUCCUGUCUUUCUUUUUUUUUUUUUUUUUUCAUUUUUCUUUUUUUUCUUUCUUAUUUCUUUCUUUCUUUCUUUCUUUCUUUCUUUUCUUUCUUUCUUCCAGUAUCAGCUCAGUAUGUUUUGUUUAUUUUUUUUCUUUUGUUUCUUUGUUCUUGUUCUAUGCUACUUUUCUUUUUUUUUCUUUUCCUUCAUUUCCUUUCUUUCUUUCUUUAUUCUUUCUUUCUUUGCUUUUCCUUCAUUUUCCUUCCUUCCUUUCUUUCUCUCUUCCUUUCUUUUUCUUCAUUUUUCCUGUCUUUCUUUCUUUUUCUUUCUUUUUCUUUCUUUCUUUUUCUUUAUUUUCCUUUCUUUCUUUCUUUCUUUCUUUCUUUCUUUCUUUCUUUCUUUCUUUCUUUCAGUCAGUCAGCUUGCGUGUUUUGUUUACCUUUUCUCUCUUUUGUUUCUUUGUUCUUGUUCUAUACUUCAUUAUUUCUUUCUUUCUUUUCCCUCAUUUCCCUUUCUUUCUUUUCCUUUCUGUCUUUCUUUUCCUUCAUUUUCAUUCCUUCCUUUCUUUCUCUUUUCCUUUCUUUUUCUUCAUUUUUCCUGUCUUUCUUUCUUUUUCUUUAUUUUCCUUUCUUUCUUUCUUUCUUUCUUUCUUUCUUUCAGUCAGUCACCUUCCGUGUUUUGUUUACCUUUUCUCUCUUUUGUUUCUUUGUUCUUGUUCUAUGCUUCUUUCUUUCUUUUCCUUCAUUUCCCUUUUUUCUUUCUUUCUUUCUUGCUUUUUCUUCAUUUUCCUUUCUUUCUUUUUUCAUUUUCCUGUCUUAAUUUCUUUUUCUUUAUUUUCGUUUCCUUUCUUUCUUUCUUUCUUUCUUUCUUUCUUCCAGUCAGUCAGUCAGCUUCCGCGUUUUGUUUACGUUUUCUCUCUUUUGUUUCUUUGUUCUUGUUCUAUGCUACUUUCUUUUCCCUCAUGUCCCUUUCUUUCUUUCUUUCUUUUUCUUCAUUUCCUUUCUUUCUUUCUUUUCUGUUCUUUCUUUCUUUUCCUUCAUUUUCCUUCCUUCCUUUCUUUCUCUCUUCCUUUCUUUUUCUUCAUUUUUCUUUCUUUCUUUCUUUCUUUCUUUCUUUUCCUUCAAUGUUCCUUUUUUCUUUCUUUCUUUUUUUCUUUCUGUCUGUCUGUCUGUCUCCCCCACCCCUCUCUCUCUCUCUCAUAAAGACACGUUCACAUAUUUACAUAUUUUCAUUCCUUCUUGUCUUCUAUCAUUCUAUUCUUAAUUUCUUUCUUUCCUUUUUCUUUCUUUCCCUUUUCUUUCUUUUCUUUUUUCUCUUAUCCCUUCCAUUUUCCUCCUUUGCUUUUUCCUUACUUAAUAAAUUCCGUUACUUCUUUCUUUCAUUCUUUCUUAAAUUAUUUACACCUUUCUUCCUUCCUUUCUUUGUUUUUUUGUUUGUUUCCUUCUUUCAUUCUUGUUCAUUUCCUUCUCUCUCUCUCUCUCUUGCUUUUAACUGCCUUCCAUUCUUUCUUUCUUUCUUUCUUUCUUUCGUUCUUUUUUUUUCGUUCUUUCUCUCUUUCUUUCUUUCGUUCAUUCUUUCGUUCAUUCUUUCUUGUUCAUUUCCAUUUAUCUGUCCUUUUCUUUUUCCUUCCUUACUACUUUCCAUUCUUUCUUCGUUUUUUUCUUUCUUUCUUUCUUUUUUUCUUUCUUUUUUGUUCAUUUCCUUCAACUUGUCGCUUCCUUUCUCUUCUCUUUCUUUCUUUCUUUCUUUCUUUCUUUCUUUCUUUCUUUCUUUCUUUCUUGUUCAUUUCCUUCUCUCUCCCUCUUCUUUAUUCCUUCCUUCCUAA